ACUCAUCCGACCCCUGAGCGUGCGGCGUCACGGACGAUGUGUCAUUCGACACACGGCGUGUGUAUCGAUGUCGCAAGCCCAGCGGUUCCUUGCCACGCAAUUUUUAAACCAGAGCAUGAUUUUCAAACAACUCCGAAUUAACGGAAAUACUGCGCCGUUAGACAACAUCGCCGAAUAAUUUCGUCAUUUUAAAAAUAUAAAUAAUUAUUGUUUGUAUCCGAGAUGUUGCUCGUCGCUGCCGCUUUGCCCGUGCUGGCCACGGUUUUCUCCGCUUGGCAGGUGAGCGCGGACGAGGACUGCCUGUGGCACGUGGAUAAGAACGGCACCUGGCACACCGGGUUCGACUGUCCCCUCAUCUCCUUCUGCUGCGGGACCUGCCACCGGCGCUACUGCUGCCUGGACCCCAUGAAGAUGAUCUCAGAGAGGCAGCAGAAGCGCUGCAUGUUCUUCCAGUUCAGCCCCACCACCAUCGCGGGCAUCGCCUCCUCCAUCCUGCUCUUUGUGGCCAUCGUGGCCACCAUAGUGUGCUGCUUCAUGUGCUCCUGCUGCUACCUGUACCAGCGCCGACUUCGCGGGAGGUCCUCCUACCAAGAAACGGAGGAAGCCCAGCACAUCCCCAUGGCCAGCUACCCGGUGGACCCCAUGUACGACGCUUACGGCAAACCCAUCGGGCCGCACCCCGGGUACCCCAUGGCGCCUCAGUACCACCCCGGCAUGCCCCAGGGCCCCUACCACCCGUACCCGCCGGUGGAUCCCGGGUACGGCCAGGGAGCACCUCCACCCUACUCCCCACCCCAGUACCCCGGCAUCUGAGGGAACUGCGACCCGCUGGAGGAGGAACGAGGGAUGAGGAGAGAGUUGGGGAGAGUGAGAAAGAGAGAGAGAGUGAAAAAGAGAGAGACUUUAUGAGGAAGAGGGCACUUUUCCCUCUUCCACCACCUGUUCUGUUGUUUUUCCCCGACGUCCGUUUGCUAAAUGACGUGCUAACCGACGCAGCUGCCUUCCCUGGAGCUGGAGCUUGGCUCCUGUCUUGCUGGACAGUAUUUUCCCGCCGACGGUGACGUCAGCAGUCCUCAGCUGUCAGCUGUUGCCGUGACACCCUUUCCCCGGCGAGCGAAGGGCCUGUCCGCCUCGUCAACGCACGUUUCUCACACACACACGUCAGCCUGACUGCGCACACACACGCACACACGCACACACACACACACACACACACACUGGCCUUGGGGACAAGGAUAACCUGCUCUGGUUUUAUUAUCGUAUCCUUGUCUUUUUUCUUUUUUUUUUUUUUUUUUUUACUCUGCUCGUGCACUUUGUGCCACACCCGUGUUUUGGCUACACUGGCUGUGUCCCGUGCUCACACAGUUUACUUUAACGCAGCUGUGGCAUUUGAUUGCAGGGGCGAGCUGAACCCACGUAACUACGGACACUUUUCACGGCGAAGCAGGCCUUUGGACAGCUCUGUUAUUUUACCGGCCAGCGAUUUAUUCAGCAACUCUUUUUUUGUCCUCCCUCCUUCCCUCCUCUCUCUCUUUCUCUCUCUCUCUCCCCCCCCCUCUCUCUUGUUAAUUCUGUCUUCCAUCAUUGCAGCUAAUCUUAACAAUCGUUAAUAUCUGAAGCCAGAAAACGGCUUUGGUCUUUGGUCAUACAUAAAAGGCCGUAACCGAUAGAAUGACAGAAUGAUUUUGCAACUGGAGUGUACUGGAGUCCAUUAACAAGUUGGUAUUAAUUUUUAUCAUGAAGUUACAUAUUGCGUUUAACACAAGUAAAUAUGAGUUUGACGUCUCGA